GUAGAAAUAAUGGGUAUUUUUAGGAACUAUAAAAUAGGAUGGUAAAAUAUAAUAUUUAUGUAACAGAAUAAUUGGUUUUUUUUUGUGUAGUCGCUAAAUGAACGUCGGUAUAGUCUGUUUACGUACAUUUAAAGUUACGGUUGUAAGCUGCCAUAAAACCAAAGAAGAAGAACGUAAACACAACAACUUGUGUUUCACUGUUUUUUAUGUUGCGAGAAGUUGUUACCUGAAAGCCGUGCAUGACAAAUGAUCGAUAACAGGAAGUGCAAAUACGUCACGUAAAACAUGCCCGGUUUUAUUUUUGAUAGCGUUAGUUGGAGAAAACGUGUUCCCACCGGGACUGUUUGUGCGCUUUGACAGUAGUUGGGCGCAACUCACAGAGAAAAUGCUCCAGACGCUCGCUGGGCUCCUCCUGCGACAGCCCGCAGCUGCUUCACGGUCUGCGGCCGUGCGGAGCCUCUCCUCGGGCACCGUGAACGUCACUGCACCGCUCAACUUCUGGGGAGGAAAAAGGAGGACGAGCAGAGAAAAGGGCAAUGGGGAAAACGUAUACGAGCCUGCAACAGGGCGCGUCCUGUGCAGGCUGGAGCCAUGUGGGCCCUCAGACGUGGACCAGGCCGUGGAGGCGGCCAAGACGGCCUUUGGCCCUUGGAGUAAGAUGUCUGGGAUGGAGAGGGCAAAGGUCAUGAUAGAAGCGGCACGUAUCAUCGAGAACAGGAGAGAGGACAUCGCCCGUAUGGAAGUGGUCAACAACGGGAAGUCCAUCACAGAGGCCCGUCUGGACGUGGACUCUGGCAGACUGUGUGUGGAGUACUAUGCAGGACUGGCCUGCGGUCUGGCUGGUCAGCAUGUGCAGUUGCCAGGUGGAUCGUUCGCGUACACGCGCAGGGAACCUCUGGGGGUGUGCGUCGGCAUCGGGGCUUGGAAUUACCCCUUCCAGAUCGCCGCCUGGAAGUCAGCCCCGGCACUGGCGUGCGGUAACUCGGUGGUCUUCAAGCCCUCCCCGCUGACGCCUGUAACGGCGACCCUGCUAGCGGAGGUCUUUGCCGAGGCCGGGGCUCCGGAGGGGCUCUUCAAUGUGGUGCAGGGCGGGCAGGACACGGGCCGCUUGCUCUGCCACCACCCCGACGUGGCCAAGGUGUCGUUCACCGGGAGUGUGCCGACGGGACAGAAGAUCAUGGAAAUGGCGUCCAAAGGAGUGAAGCCUGUGACAUUGGAGCUGGGGGGGAAAUCUCCCCUCAUCAUCUUUGAGGACAGCGACCUGCAGAACGCCGUGCGGGGAGCCCUCAUGGCCAACUUCCUCUCUCAAGGCCAGGUUUGUAGCAACGCCACAAGAGUUUUUGUCCAGAGUGACAUCCUGCCCGAGUUUGUGGACGAAGUGGUGAAGAGAACCGGGGCUAUUGAGAUCGGAGACCCCUUACUGGAGACCACGAGGAUGGGAGCGCUGGUCAGCAGGUCUCAUCUAGACCAGGUCCUGGGCUUUGUGGAGCAGGCCAAGGAGGAGGGGGCCGUAGUGUUGUGUGGGGGUACACCCUUCGUCCCCUCAGACCCUAAACUGAAAGGUGGAUACUACAUGACACCGUGUGUACUUGCUGAUUGCAAAGAUGACAUGACCUGCGUGAGGGAGGAGAUCUUUGGUCCCGUCAUGUGUGUGCUGCCCUUUGAAUCAGAAGAGGAGGUGCUGCAGCGCGCCAACGACACCCCCUUGGGACUCGCUGCAGGGGUUUUCACCAGUGAAGUGCAGCGUGCCCACCGUGUGGUGCAACACCUGCAGGCUGGCUCCUGCUUCAUCAACAACUACAACAUCACCCCUGUGGAGGUGCCCUUUGGAGGCUUCAAGAUGUCAGGCAUCGGGCGGGAGAACGGGCAGGUGACCAUGGAAUACUACUCGCAGGUGAAGACUGUGUACGUGGAGAUGGGAGACGUCGACAGCCUCUUCUAGACAACGCCCGCCAAGACCAAGCGAAACACUCUCAUGGCGUUAUCCAUCCUGACUUUAUGCUUCCAAUCAAGUACUUUCGGACACUUUGGGAGAAGCCAUGUCCUACGCCACUAGUGCCAGGAAGUACACUCUUUUCAACUGUCAUUUGUAGGGCUGUCCAAAUUAACCUCAUGGGAUUCAUCACAAAAAUGAUGAUAUUAAUCGUGUAGACACUUAGAUUAAUCAUGCAAUUAAUUUGGACCUUUUACCUUAGACCAGGGGUCGGCAACCCACGGCUCUUUGAUCACUCUGAUGCGGCUCAGCAGCUUACUUGCUGAACCCCCCAAUUUUCCCGUGAGACUUCCGGAUUUCAGUGCCUCUCGCAGAAAACUCCCGGGAUUAAUAUUCACCGAUUUUCACCCUUAUGGCUAUAAUAAGGGCGUGCCAUGAUGGUACAAUAUUUGGCGCCCUCUACAAUCUGUAUUGACAGAGUGCCAGCCCAACACUUGUUAAACAAUAUACAUCUUAUGCUUGCACACGUAUGUGACAGCAAGGCAUACUUGGUCAACAGCCACACAGGUUACACUGACGGUGAUCAUAUAAAACAACUUUAACACU